UUUUUUGACCAAAAAAAAAAAAAUUUUCUACAUGUUUCUUCAAUACCACAUUCAAUAAUUUCUCUCACCAACCCUAAUUUUAUUCAAUUCACCGCGCCCAAUCCAAUCCAAUCCAAUCCAAUCCAAUCCAAUUCAAUUCCAAGCAUGGCCAUAUUGCUGGAAGAGAUCAUUCGAUCAGUCGAAGCCUUUCUGAAGCUCAAAAACUCGACCCAGAAACCCUACGUCGACCCGAAUCUCGACCCGGUUCUCCUCGUUCCGGGUAUCGCUGGCUCCAUCCUCAACGCCGUUGAUCAUGACUCCGGGAAAGAAGAGCGUGUCUGGGUCAGGAUCUUCAGCGCCGAUCACGAGUUUCGGACAAAGAUGUGGUCCCGAUUCGAUCCUUCAACUGGGAAGACGAUAUCUCUCGACCCGAAGACGAGUAUUGUUGUUCCGCAAGACAGAGCUGGGUUGCUUGCAAUUGAUGUCUUAGACCCUGAUCUGAUUGUUGGGCGCGAGUCUGUGUUCUAUUUCCAUGAGAUGAUUGUUGAGAUGCUUGGAUGGGGUUUCGAAGAAGGGAAGACUCUUUUUGGUUUUGGUUAUGAUUUUCGCCAAAGCAACAGAUUGCAGGAAGCUAUGGACGCGUUUGCUAAAAAGUUGGAGUCAGUUUACAAAGCUUCAGGAGAGAAGAAGAUUAAUGUUAUUAGUCAUUCUAUGGGAGGUCUGUUGGUGAAAUGUUUCAUGAGUCUCCAUAGUGAUAUAUUUGAGAAGUAUGUACAGAAUUGGAUUGCUAUUGCUGCUCCAUUUCGAGGUGCUCCUGGAUACAUCACAUCAACUUUAUUGAAUGGAAUGUCAUUUGUCAAUGGCUGGGAACAGAACUUUUUCGUCUCCAAGUGGAGCAUGCAUCAGCUGCUUAUUGAGUGUCCAUCUAUAUAUGAGCUGAUGUGUUGCCCUUAUUUCAACUGGGAGCUACCUCCUGUUUUAGAGCUGUGGAGAGAGAAAGAGAGCAAUGAUGGAGUUGGGACCUCUGGUGUUGUUCUUGAGUCUUACCGUAGUCUGGAAAGCCUUGAAGUGUUUACCCAAUCUCUUUGUGAUAAUAAAGCUGAUUACUGUGGAGAGCCCAUCGAUCUACCUUUUAACUGGAAGAUCAUGGAGUGGGCUCACGAAACCAAGAAAGUGUUACACACUGCCAAGCUUCCUCCUAAAGUUAAAUUCUACAACAUAUAUGGGACCAAUCUAGCAACCCCUCAUAGUGUUUGCUAUGGGAAUGAGAACAUGCCUGUCAAAGAUCUAACCAACCUAAGAUACUUCCAGCCCACGUAUAUAUGUGUUGACGGUGAUGGCACAGUCCCGGUGGAAUCUGCAAUGGCGGAUGGGCUUGAAGCAGUGGCAAGAGUUGGAGUCCCCGGUGAGCACCGUGGAAUCCUCAACGACCACCGUGUCUUCCGGAUGCUCAAACAAUGGCUAAACGUAGGCGAGCCUGACCCGUUCUACAACCCGAUAAACGAUUACGUCAUCCUUCCCACCACAUUCGAAAUGGAGGAACACCACGAGAACGGAGUGGAGGUUGCUUCCGUGAAAGAAUCGUGGGAUAUCAUAUCAGACGAUAACAACAAUAAUGCGUCAACUGUGAGCUCCAUAUCGGUUUCUAGACCAGGGGAUGAUGAAAACCCUCAAGCUGAAGCUCGUGCAACGCUAACAGUCCAUCCACAAGGCGAUGGUAGACAACAUGUCGAGCUUAAUGCUGUGUCGGUCUCUGUUGAUGCAUAAAAACGCAUCUUACUAUUGAAAUAUGUCAAGUAUCCGCGUCUGUAUAUAGCAAACGAAUCCCAAGGCCUUGUGUACAUUAUUUACCAUAAUAAUAAGUUUCGUGUUCCAUUUGUU